AUGGGAUUCGAUUAUGCCCCAAUCCCUGGACUCCUCGAGAUACGAGUGACAAGUCCAAUCCACGAGUCAUUUGUUGACUCCCUGACAGAGGAGAUCAAGCUGAAGCUCAAGACCAUUGCAGCUGGGUCACCACCGGCUUGCCGCGGCAACCCGCCAUCGGACCGUGUCCGAGACUUUGCUCGGAGUCUUGUGAGCGCCGGAUCAUCCCGCAUCCGGUACAGGUCGUCCAACGCAGGCGCCGACGAGAACAACAAUCUCCAGCCUCAGCUUGCUAGGCAGCAACCGGACGGUCAAUUCCUGACCCCUGGUACCAAGUUCCCAGGACUAGUCUUUGAGGUUGCGUAUUCUCAGACACCCCAAAAACUCAGGAAGAAGGCCGAGAGAUACAUGGACGGCUCUGAGGGCAAGAUCCAGACCGUCCUCGGCAUCAACAUCCCGUUUGGCGAUGGCAAGGAGCCAGCGACUGUGUCGCUGUGGAAAGCAGUAGACGUGGUGGAGGACGGCAUUACACCGGGAACCGUCUUCGACAUGGCCGAGGUGGUUUCCUUCGAGCCUUUCCGGUCGAGCGCUGGCGAGCAUCUACAUGGCGCCAAGGAACUACCGCUUGUCCUCAGCGAUUUCGAGACGGGCCGCCACAGCCCUGGCCUCGAGCUGACCAAGGUAUCCGUCACAUACGAUCGGCUUGCGGGCAUGCUCGAUCUGGCGCAUGCAGUCCAGACCUGGACAAAGGUCCAGCCCGAAGACAACGGCGGCGAACAACUUGGCAACAAGACCAGACGGCGUAGGCGGGCCUCCACCUCACCCGACCGGAUCAUCACUAAAGACGAGGCUCGUUUCGAGAAUGAGGAGAGGAGAGCUGUUGAGCAAGCGGAAGCUCUGGACCAGGACUUCCAGCUACAGUGA